AUGUCGUCAAGGACAGCAACGAAAGCCGCCUCUAGAACCACGACUAAACCCAGCAACACACCUAAAAAGCUCUCCCCAGAAGAGGUUACCGCCUAUAUCAACGACCCCUGCCUCAACCGGACCUUCCACUUGCCGGCCGACCCGUUGCGCGGCCGCCCCAAACCUUUCCUGGUCUCCUACGCCGACUUUGGCUUUCAUCGUGAAGGUGCCCUCGAUGACCAUGGUGAGGAGCAAGUCCUGUUGUUCUUCGGACCGCUCGUGUCUUCACGGCUGCACAAUGCUGCAAAGGAUGGGCUGGCGAAGAGUUACAAGGUUCGUAUCCUGAAUGUAGAACGUCCGGGCAUUGGUAAGACGGACAGCGUGCCAGCUGAGAGGCUGCUCGAGGUUUGGAGGGGAGUCAUUGCCGCCCUGCUUGACCACCUCGGCAUCAAACACGUCUCCAUAGGCUGCCACAGCGGCGGCACCGUUUUCGGGCUCGACUUUGCGGUUCACAACCCCCAAUUCUUGCACCCGUCGCGACCUUAUAUCGCAAUCGCUGCACGCUGGGUCCACCCAUCGCACUCGGGCAUGCUCAUCUGGUCUCUCGCCUCAUCGCUGCCGCGCUCGGUGGUCGCCCGGACCGGCAACAUGGCCACCUUUGUCAACUCGACUCUGGGUCCAGUACUGGGUGUCAGCGCCGCCGUCUCAGGCAGCGUACCGCAGCUCUGGUCCUUGGCGAAACCAACAGGUUGCGAGAGCGAAGAGAGGUCGGACGUCGACCUCGAGGAGGAUAUACGCGACCGUGUAGCUAAGCGCGUCUUCGCGGAUAGCGUGCGUGGACUGGGCCAGGAGACGCAGGUGUUACUACGCAAUGGGGCCGAGAAGGACGGGUGGUCCGACUGGGGCGACUUUGAUGUGCUGGCGCCGCGCCUGGUCGAGGCGGUGCGUGCCGGUGCGGGAGCGAAGCUGAAGGUGGACGUAUUCUUUGCGGAAAAGGACAACAUGAUUGGCGAUGCGGGCGCUAAAGGCACCAGGUGGUUCGAGGCGUGCUGGAGGGAUGUGGACGACGUGGAGUUUAGGAGCGAGACAGUGAAGGGUUCGGACCAUGAUCGCGUGUGGGAUCUGCGGUUUGGGGUGAUGGAGAGGGUGUUCAAGACGAUGUCCCAGGAAGCGUGA